GCAAAGCCGCCCGAGAGAAAGGCUGCAGAGGAUCCCAAGAAGAAGAAGCAAAGGCAAAGUAGCCCUGCAGAGGAUCCUAAGAAGAAGAAGAAGAAGCAAAGGCAAAACAGCCCGGAGAAAAAGGCUAUAGAGGAUCCCAAGAAGAAGAAGCAAAGGCAACCUAGCCUGGAGAGAAAAGCUGCAGAGGAUCCCAAGCAGAAGAAGAAGAGGCAAAGGCAAAGUAGUCCGGAGAGAAAGACUGCAGAGGAUCCCAAGAAGAAGAAGAAGCAAAGGCAAAGCAGCUCGGAGAGAAAGGUUGCAGAGGAUUCCAAGAAGAAGAAGACGACGAAGCAAAGGCAAAAGAGUCCGAAGAGAGAAAGGCUGCAGAGGCAAAGUAGCCCGGAGAGAAAGGCUGCAGAGGAUCCCAAGAAGAAGAAGAAGCAAAGGCAAACUAGAAAGGUUGCAGAAGAUCCCAAGAAGAAGAAGCAAAGACAAAGUAGCCCGGAAAGAACGGCUGCAGAGGAUCCCAAGAAGAAGAAAAAGCAAAGGCAAAGUAGCCCGGAGAGAAAGGCUGCAGAGGAUCCCAAGAAGAAGAAGAAGCAAAGGCAAAAUAGAAAGGUUGCAGAGGACCCCAAGAAGAAGAAGAAGCAAAGGCAAAGUAGCCCGGAGAGAAAGGCUGCAGAAGAUCCCAAGAAGAAGAAGAAGCAAAGGCAAAGUAGCGAGGAGAGAAAGGCUGCAGAGGAUCCCAAGAAAGAAGAAGCAAAGGCUGCAGAGGAUCCCAAGAAGAAGAAGCAAAGGCAAAGUAGCCCGGAGAGAAAGGCUGCAGAGGAUCCCAAGAAGAAGAAGAAGCAAAGGCAAAAAGCUGCAGAAGAUCCCAAGAAGAAGAAGCAAAGGCAAAGUAGCCCGGAGAGAAAGGCUGCAGAGGAUCCCAAGAAGAAGCAGAAGCAAAGGCAAAGUAGCCCGGAGAGAAAAGCUGCAGAGGAUCCCAAGAAGAAGAAGAAGCAAAGGCAAAGUAGCCCGGAGAGAAAGGCUGCAGAGGAUCCCAAGAAGAAGAAGAAGCAAAGGCAACGUAGCCCGGAGAGAAAGGUUGCAGAGGAUCCCAAGAAGAAGAAGCAAAGGCAAAGUAGCCCGGAGAGAAAGGCUGCAGAGGAUCCCAAGAAGAAGCAGCAAAGGCAAAGUAGCCCGGAGAGAAAGGCUGCAGAGGAUCCCAAGAAGAAGAAGAAGCAAAGGCAAAAGAGCUCGGAGAGAAAGGCUGCAGAAGAUCCCAAGAAGAAGAAGAAGCAAAGCCAAAGUGCAGAGGAUCCCAAGAAGAAGAAGAAGCAAAGGCAAAGCAGCCCGGAGAGAAAGGCUACAGAGGAUCCCAAGAAGAAGAAGAAGAAGCAAAGGCAAAGUAGCCCGGAGGGAAAGGCUGCAGAGGAUCCCAAGAAGAAGAAGAAGAAGCAAAGGCAAAAGAGCCCGCAGAGAAAGGCUGCAGAGGAUCCCAAGAAGAAGAAGAAGCAAAGGCAAAGUAGCCAGGAGAGAAAGACUGCAGAGGAUCCCAAGAAGAAGAAGAAGAAGCAAAGGCAAAGUAGCCCGGAGAGAAAGGCUGCAGAAGAUCCCAAGAAAAAGAAGAAGAAGCAAAGGCAAACUAGCCCGGAGAGAAAGGCUGCAGAGGAUCCCAAGAAGAAGAAGAAGCAAAGGCAAAGUAGCCCGGAGAGAAAGGCUGCAGAGGAACCCAAGAAGAAGAAGAAGAAGCAAAGGCAAAAUAGCCCGGAGAGAAAGGCUGCAGAGGAUCCCAAGAAGAAGAAGCAAGGGCAAAGUAGCCCGGAGAGAAAGGUUGCAGAGGAUCCCAAGAAGAAGAAGAAGCAAAGGCAAAGUAGCCCGGAGAGAAAGGCUGCAGAGGAUCCCAAGAAGAAGAAGCAAAGGCAAAGUAGCCCGCAGAGAAAGGCUGCAGAGGAUCCCAAGAAGAAGAAGAAAACGAAGAAGAAGAAGAAGCAAAGGCAAAAAAGCCCGGAGGGAAAGGCUGCACAGGAUCCCAAGAAGAAGAAGCCAAGGCAAAGUAGCCCGGAGAGAAAGGCUGCAGAGGAUUUCAAGAAGAAGAAGCAAAGUAGCCCGGAGAGAAAGGCUGCAGAGGAUCCCAAGAAGAAGAAGAAGCAAAGGAAAAGUGGCCCGGAGAGAAAGCUUGCAGAGGAUCCCAAGAAGAAGAAGAAGCAAAGGCAAAGUAUUGGUAGCCCGGAGAGAAAGGCUGCAGAGGAUCCCAAGAAGAAGAAGCAAAGGCAAAGUAGCCCGGAGAGAAAGGCUGCAGAGGAUCCCAAGAAGAAGAAGAAACAAAGGCAAAGUGGCCCGGAGAGAAAGGCUGCAGAGGAUCCCAAGAAGAAGAAGAAGCAAAGGCAAAGUAGCCCGGAGAGAAAGGCUGCAGAGGAUCCCAAGAAGAAGAAGAAGAAGCAAAGGCAAAGUAGCCCGGAGAGAAAGGUUGCAGAGGAUCCCAAGAAGAAGAUGCAAAGGCAAAGUAGCCCGGAGAGAAAGGCUGCAGAGGCUGCAGAGGAUCCCAAGAAGAAGAAGAAGCAAAGGCAAAGUAGCCCGGAGAGAAAGGCUGCAGAGGAUCCCAAGAAGAAGAAGUAUAGGCAAAGUAGCCCGGAGAGAAAGGCUGCAGAAGAUCCCAAGAAGAAGAAGAAGCAAAGGCAAAGUAGCAAGGAGAGAAAGACUGCAGAGGAUCCCAAGAAGAAGAAGGAAGCAAAGGCUGCAGAGGAUCCCAAGAGGAAGAAGAAGCAAAGAUACAAUAGCCCGGAGAGAAAGACUGCAGAGGAUCCCAAGAAGAAGAAGGAAGCAAAGGCUGCAGAGGAUUUCAAGAAGAAGAAGCAAAGGCAAAGUAGCCCGGAGAGAAAGGCUGCAGAGGAUCCCAAGAAGAAGAAGAAGCAAAGACAAAAUAGCCCGGAGAGAAAGGCUGCAGAGGAUCCCAAGAAGAAGAAGAAGCAAAGGCAAAGUGGCCCGGAGAGAAAGGCUGCAGAGGAUCCCAAGAAGAAGAAGCAAAGACAAAGUAGCCCGGAGAGAAAGGCUGCAGAGGCUGCAGAGGAUCCCAAGAAGAAGAAGAAGCAAAGGCAAAGUAGCCCGGAGAGAAAGGCUGCAGAGGAUCCCAAGAAGAAGAAGCAAAGGCAAAACAGCUCGGAGAGAAAGGUUGCAGAGGAUCCCAAGAAGAAGAUGCAAAGGCAAAAUAGUCCGGAGAGAGAGGCUGCAGAGGAUCCCAAGAAGAAGAAGAAGCAAAGACAAAGUAGCCCGGCUGCAGAGUAUCACAAGAAGAAGAAGAAGCAAAGAUACAAUAGCCCGGAGAGAAAGGCUGCAGAGGAUCCCAAGAAGAAGAAGAAGAAGCAAAGGCAACGUAGCCCGGAGAGAAAGGCUGCAGAGGAUCCCAAAAAGAAGAAGAAGCAAAGGCAAAAAAGUCCGGAGAGAAAGGCUGCAGAGGAUCCCAAGAAGAAGAAGCAAAGGCAAAGUAGCCAGGAGAGAACGGCUGUAGAGGAUCACAAGAAGAAGAAGAAAAGGCAAAGUAGCCCGGAGAGAAAGGCUGCAGAGGAUCCCAAGAAGAACAAGCAAAGGCAAAACAGCCCGGAGAGAAAGGCUGCAGAGGAUCCCAAGAAGAAUAAGAAGCAAAGGCAAAGUAGUCCGGAGAGAAAAGCUGCAGAAGAUCGCAAGAAGAAGAAGAAGCAAAGGCAAAGUAGCCCGGAGAGAACGGCUGUAGAGGAUCCCAAGAAGAAGAAGAAAAGGCAAAGUAGCCCGGAGAGAAAGGCUGCAGAGGAUCCCAAGAAGAACAAGCAAAGGCAAAAAGAUCCCAAGAAGAAGAAGAAGAAGAAAAGGCAAAGUAGCCCGGAGAGAAAGACUGCAGAGGAUCCCAAGAAGAAGAAGAAGCAAAGGCAAAAAAUUGGUAGCCCGGAGAGAAAGGCUGCAGAGGAUCCCAAGAAGAAUAAGAAGCAAAGGCAAAGGAGUCCGGAGAGAAAAGCUGCAGAGGAUCCCAAGAAGAAGAAGCAAAGGCAAAGUAGCCCGGAGAGAAAGGCUGCAGAGGAUCCCAAGAAGAAGAAGAAGAAGAAGCAAAGGAAAAGUAGCCCGGGGAGAAAGGCUGCAGAGGAUCCCAAGAAGAAGAAGCCAAGGCAAAAGAGCCCGGAGAGAAAGGCUGCAGAGGAUCCCAAGAAAAAGAAGAAGCAAAGGCAAAGUAGCACGGAGAGAAAGGCUGCAGAGGAUCCCAAGAAGAAGAAAAAGCAAAGGCAAAGUAGUCUGGAGAGAAAGGCUGCAGAGGAUCCCAAGAAGAAGAAGAAGAAACAAAGGCAAAGUAGCCCGGAGAGAAAGGCUGCAGAGGAUCCCAAGAAGAAGAAGCAAAGGCAAAGUAGCCCAGAGAGAAAGGCUGCAGAGGUUGCAGAGGAUUCCAAGAAGAAGAAGACGAAGCAAAGGCAAAAGAGUCCGGAGAGAAAGGCUACAGAAGACCCCAAGAAGAAGAAGCAAAGAAAAAGUAGCCCGGAGAGAAAGGCUGCAGAGGAUCCCAAGAAGAAGAAGCAAAGGCAAAGUAGCCCGGAGAGAAAGGCUGCAGAGGAUCCCAAGAAGAAGAAGAAGCAAAGGCAAAGUAGCCCGGAGAGAAAGGCUGCAGAGGAUCCCAAGAAGAAGAAGCAAAGGCAAAACAGCUCGGAGAGAAAGGUUGCAGAGGAUCCCAAGAAGAAGAUGCAGAGGCAAAAUAGUCCGGAGAGAAAGGCUGCAGAGGAUCCCAAGAAGAAGAAGAAGCAAAGACAAAGUAGCCCGGAGAGAAAGGCUGCAGAAGAUCGCAAGAAGAAGAAGAAGCAAAGGCAAAGUAGCCCGGAGAGAAAGGCUGCAGAGGAUCCCAAGAAAAAGAAGAAGCAAAGGCAAAGUAGCCCGGAGAGAAAGGCUGCAGAGGAUCCCAAGAAGAAGAAAAAGCAAAGGCAAAGUAGCCCGGAGAGAAAGGCUGCAGAGGAUCCCAAGAAGAAGAAGUAA